AUGCCCAUCUACGACAUAACCCACUACCUCCCCAUCGAAACCCUCCCACACCCCGAAACCGACAAAACGAACUACACCAAACCCAUCCUCGUGCUCAUCGUCUCCCUCCGAGUCAACACCUGGAACACAUACCUCUUUCUCAUCCGCAAACUCCAGCGCGAGGCCCAGCCUCAUCUGCGUCACAAACGUUCACUUCAGCGUCAAGUGGACCAUCGCUGGGCAAUCGCGGCAGCGGGUAGCGAUGGAACUACAGCAACAUAUUCCGGGGAUGUUAGCGGCGAGGAACUACCGCCGGUGGUUUCAUAUGAGGGGCCGUGGAUUGAGACGCCGGAUACGGUUGUCGGGGAUUGGGAUGAGGUUCAGUCUGAGGGUGAGGUUGCUGGUGACGAGGAGGGAUAUCUGGGUGAUAGUGCGGAGAUGGAUGAGGAUGAUGGGGACGACGAAGAUGAAGAGGGAGAUGAAGAGGACGAGGAGCUUCGUGGGGACUGCCCUGUUGCCAUUCACGAGUUGAACCCUCGAACGACACCGAAACAGAGGAGCUGGGAGGAAGCACGUCUCGAAGCCACGUCUCCUUUGUCGGUCAUCUGGAGGACAGCCGCUCGAUGGCCGCGUUGA